AAUUUUCUAAAAAGUUGCAGGAGGCUCUAAAUAGCUACAAUAUACACAGUCAUACAAAAAAAUCAUGCUGAAAAUUGUUUACGAAUUGAGAAUACUGAAAGCCCCACUAAUAAAACUUAAAGUAAAACACCCAUAAAAAAAUUCCAAUAUAUAUAAAUGGCCAUAAGAAACUACCCAUAUUCAUCACACGGAAUAAAGAUUAAAGAAUAAUACCACAACACACAAUGGAUCAACAACUCUUACUAUACACAUCUAUAUCCUUUAUCAUCAUUCUCUUGGCUCACAAGGUCUUCUUCCAAACCAAAAAACGACACUACAAAAACCUACCACCAUCACCACCCUCUUACCCCAUAAUCGGCCACCUCCAUCUCCUCAAAUCUCCACUCCACCGAACCUUGCACACACUCUCCUCCAAAUACGGCGACGUUUUCUCACUCUGGCUAGGGUCUCGCCGCGUGGUCGUCGUCUCAUCUCCUUCCGCCGUAGAGGAAUGCUUCACUACAAACGACAUCGUUUUCGCCAACCGCCCACGUCUCCUCUUGGGCAAGUACAUGGCAUACAACUACACCGACGUGGGCAAUUCUCCUUACGGAGACCACUGGCGAAACCUCCGUCGAAUCGGCGCCAUAGAGAUCUUCUCCUCUAAACGACUCAACCUCUUGGCCGGGAUCCGAAGAGACGAGGUCGAACGACUACUCUGCAAACUCUCUCGCCGAGAAGAAUCCGAGAAGGUGGAGCUCAAAUCGGCGCUACAGCAGUUGACUUUCAACAUCGUAAUGAGAAUGUUGGCCGGAAAACGGUACUACGACGAUGAUAUGGCGAAUGAAGAGGAAGCACGGAAGUUUAGGGAUGUUGUGGAAGCUUCUUUCGAGAUUGCCGAAGUUGGGAAUCCGGGGGACUUUUUGCCGUUCCUGAAUUGGAUUCCGAAUGGGUAUGAGAAGAGGGUGAAAAGGGUUGCGAAGAGAAUGGACUUGCUUUUACAGAAUUUGAUCGACGAGCAUCGGAGUCACGAAGAUAAGAAUCGGGACACCAUUAUCGCACAUUUACUUUCUUUGCAGGAGUCUCAGCCAGAAUAUUACACUGACGAAAUUAUCAAAGGCUUCGUAUCGGUAAUAAUUAGUGCUGGAACACAUACAACAUCGGCGACAUUAGAAUGGGCAAUGUCCAAUCUAUUAAAUCAUCCUCAUGUUAUAGAAAAACUCAAAGUUGAGUUGGACUCUCAAAUCGAUCAACAUAAAUUGGUGGAAGAAUCAGAUCUCUCCAAACUCUCUUACCUCCAAUGUGUCAUUUCUGAGACCCUUCGAUUGUACCCGGUAGCUCCACUCCUUGUACCUCACUACUCCUCUAACGAUUGCACCAUCAAUGGAUGUGAUGUGCCACGUGACACUAUUUUAUUGGUUAAUGCAUGGGCCAUACAUAGAGAUCCUAAACUGUGGGAAGAUGCCGAGAGUUUCAAGCCUGAAAGGUUUAAGAACAUCAAAGGUGACAUCGAAGGAUUUAAGCUAAUGCCAUUUGGGCUUGGAAGACGAGCUUGUCCUGGAAAUGGCUUAGCUCAACGUGUGAUGGGCUUGACUUUGGGGUCUUUGAUUCAAUGCUUCGAUUGGGAGAGAGUUGGCAAUGAAAUAAUUGAUAUGGUUGAAGGUACAGGGGCCAGUAUGUCUAAAGUCGUGUCAUUGGAGGCUAUGUGUAAACCUUGUCCUAUCAUGAAAAAGCUUCUCCCACAUUUUAUUAAUGGUAUUUAAAUUUGUUCAAGGUUUUUGAUAUGUUCUGAGCUUGUAAGUUAGGUAUUGUCAUUGUACAAUAAAAUUUGCUAAUUAGACUAUUAAAUGUUUGCAUUAAUAAUAAAAGCUGCAUAUUUAGUUGUGUCAA